AUGGGGCCCCUGGGCAAUAGGGGAUAAUGGGGCCCCUGUGUCCUUGCCCAAACUCAAAAAAGCCUAUGAAAAAGGUACCAGGGGCAUCUCAUGGGGCCCCCUACUGACCCCGGACCCUCGAGUUUCCAAACGGUCAGUCCGCCCCUGGUAAUGCCCACAAGUAAUGCCCACAAGCAGGGGAGGACUGACUACUCAUGGGGCCCCCGGGCAAUAGGGGAUCAUGGGGCCCCGUGUCCUCACCCACACUUAAAACCACACCCAAAAAAAGCCUAUGAAAGGUACUAGGGGCAUCUCAUGGGGCCCCCUACUGACCUUGGGCCCUCGGGCAGUGCCCGAGUACCCAAAUGGUCAGUCCACCC